AUGGAAGUUGAAAUUCAUGAUCUUUCAUUGACCCUCUUACGGAAGUUAAUCACGUUCACUUGUGAUGCUUGUGGCAUAGAAGGCAAGGGCACGCCCUACUUAUGUCUCACAUGCGCAUUUUGUGUUCAUCCAAUAUGUGCUUCUUUACAUCGUACUGUCAAACAUGUACGUCACCAACACACUCUCAAUCUCACUUAUUCUCUUCAAAUCCAACCCGACUACCAGAUUUGUCUACUUUGUGUUGAAAAGGUGGACACAAACUAUGGGUUUUACUAUUGCUCGAGGUGCACUUUUGUUGCCCACCUCAGUUGCGCAGCAGAUGGUGAUAUCGAGGAUAACAUAUAUGUGCUGAAAGAUGAAGAUAAUAAAGAGUCCAUUGAGCCAAUAACUGCACUGAGAUAUGGCAAUCCUGAAUCUGUUGACUCAGUAUCUUACGUUGUCAAGAAGAAAAUUAUGGGAGAAGAAGGAAUUGAAAUAACUACAGAAAUUGAACAUUUUAGUCAUCAACAUGAAUUAACACUCACCCACGAGCUAAAAAAUAGAGACGAGCUAAAAAAUAGAGACAAGUGUGAUGCGUGCAAAAGGCCCAUCUUGACUCCAUUUUAUAAUUGUACGCAAUGUCGUUUCGUUCUCCACAAAUUCUGUGCUGAAUUACCCAGAAAGAACUGGCACCCUCUUCAUCAACACCUACUCACACUUACUAAGAAUCCUUAUGGUAGUGAUUUCGGUGUCGAUUGUAAUGCCUGUACUUGUACCGACAUUAACUUCUCAUAUAAUUGUUACAAAUGCGGCUUUCACCUUGAUGUCAACUGUAGUUUGACCUCAGACAGGCUGACCCAUGAUAGUCACGAGCACCGCCGCCUCAUCCUCUCCAAUGCAGCAAGAUUCGGGAAAUGUAGUGUUUGUGAUUCCGAAGGAUAUGUAUUCCGCUGUGCUGAUUGUGCAUUUGCUCUGGACUUUAAAUGUGCUACACUACCGAGUAGUGUAAGGUAUGAACAACAUGAGCAUCUCUUUACUCUCCAAUACACUCUUGAAGAUAAUUUUGGAGAAUAUUAUUGUGAUAUUUGUGAAGAAAAACGACACCCAAAACAUUGA